UCAAUCCGCCACAAUAAAAUCCCCACCCAACCCCCACCUUAUGCCCAUUCUUAUCCUCCUCCUUACAUCGCACUAGAAGGAGAAAAAUCGUCACCAUUAUCAUCACCAUGAGAUCCCUUCCUAUUCUUCUCCUCCCUCUUCUUCUCGUAGCCACUGGAACCCUCGCAGCCACCGUAGCCAUGAGCAAGCCUCUUCUCGGGGGUUGGCAGCCAAUCAAGAAUGUUAAUGACGCCCAUGUCCAGGAGAUUGCCAAGUUCGCGGUGUCGGAGCACAACAAGCUGGCCAACUCUAGGCUUGCGUUUAGUAAAGUGGUAAAGGGCGAGACCCAGGUGGUGUCUGGAAUUAACUAUCGGCUUGUCGUGGAGGCUAAGAAUGGCGGAGCCAUGGCGAAGUAUGAGGCCAUCGUGUGGGAGAAGGCCUGGGAGGGGUUCAGGAAGCUCACAUCCUUCCAGCCAGUCCAGAGUUGAAAAAUGUAAACCUAGGGUACCUGUUUGAGAAAUGUUAUGAGGAAAAUGUAACCGAUAUAAUAACAUGUUUAAUAAUUAACACUUCUCGUUGUUGAUGUUCAAAAAACGAUGUGGAAGCUUGUGCUCUUCUUUGCU